CAGCCGAACGUCAAGUUAUUCAUUUACCAAGGUGGUCGGCAGAGCAACGACGAGGCUAUCCACUUCGCAGUGCCAGUUCUUGGGUUCGCGAUUUUCGGCGAUCAAGAUUAUCAAGUAGGCAGAAUGGAAGCUCUGGGCAUUGGCAAACGUUUGGAAAUUACAACUGUCACGAAAGACGAACUUGAAAGUAGUGUCAUCGAGCUCAUAACUAACAAAAAGUAUAAAGAGAGAAUAACUAACAUCCGGAACAUUAUAGAAGAUACACCCUACGAUUUAGUGAAAAAUCUCGCUUGGUGGACGGAACGUGCGAUAAAUACGAAGAAUGUGCCUCAUCUUCGCUCAACUCUGAUUUACCAACCUUGGUAUCAACAUUGCGACUGGGACAUCAUAGGAUUCUUGACGAUCGUAGCUUUCCUGAUCGUUUCGAGCACGCUUGUUCUAAUUGCCAAGCUCGCAGUUUACCUACAUAAGCAAAUCUCUCAGUCACGAAAACUGAAAGCGAAU